CGUCGGAUCGUGCGCACGUAAAAUAUGAAGAUGUCGCGCGUCAAGUCUUUCGAUCGCGAACCAAAAUAAAUUAAAUAAAAUAAAUCAAAAGUGUUUUCUGUAUAAAAAAAAAAGAUGACAAUCUGCCAAAUAAAAAUUAAAUUAAAUAUUUAAAUCAAGCAUAACCCAAACCAAAGUGUGAGUCUCGAAAGCGAGGCGCAGUGAACCCGGUAAACAAAUCAAACGACAAGAAAAAUCAGUUUGUAUAUAGUGUAGUGGUGCGUAAGCAGUCGCUUAUCGAACGGAUGCCAAUUGGCCAUGUAGAUGAACCCAUCGAGACUUUUGACUUGUGACACACUCACUUCCUUUGGCCGCAACGACUUAUCGCAGUGCACAAAAUGCACUCGACAUAAUCACAGUGAAAAAUACAAACAAACAAGUGAAUAAAUUUAAAAAGUCAGACAAAACAACGAUAAAAAUGCGCCUGAGUGGCUGGGAAAUUGUGCUGCUCCUGCUGCCUUUCGGCUUGGUCAGUGCUGUCCGCCAGUUGGAGGAGAACCAGAGCACCAAGAACGAUCACCUGCACUCCGGAGAUCGACAGGUGCGACGUCGCAACAAUAAAAGUAACGCCUCCGUGGAUCAUCAUCGCCAUGCGCCAUCCAGUGGAUCCAAGAAAAAUAGUCGAAGUCAGUCUGUGAGCCUGAACUCCGAUGACUACGACUGGCUGGAUGCGGAUACCAGUGAGGCCAUCGACAGCUCCGAAUUCACUGCUGUGGAAUCUGUGAGAUCGUCCGGAGAAUCGCAUGAUAUCUUCACAUGUUGCAAUCAGGUCUUCGGCUCAUGUCGCACAGCAUGCGAAAAUUUAUCUCUGGUGGAGUUUGCCACUGGCGCUGGUGGCGAUAGCCGCGAGGAACUGCGCAGAUAUUGUCAACUGCACCAAGUGGAAUUCUGGACCUGCGUCAACCAGACAUUCGACGCGGUCACCCGUGGAGCGGACUGGUCGGGCAGACGUUGCUGCCAAUUUGGAGUUCUGCCCCAUUGCCGCAAUGUCUGCGCCACUUCGAGCCGCUCACCUGUGCAGAACUGCCGGCGCAGCGAUGAGCAAAUGCUGUACGACUGUCUGGAGCGCCAGGAGGCCGCGGAUCAGUGCUGCGGGCAGGCCCGCACCUCCGAGUGCCUGGAGGCCUGUCGAGCUGUGUUCGAGCCCGCGAAUGACAACCAUGACCAUGUGGACAUUAACGGGUCCUGUGGGGAUCGCAAUGCGGAUGUGAUUCAGUGCAUCAACAAUCACACGGACAUGACUCCACUGGCGAAUGCCGAGCAGUAUCUGCCCUGUUGCGAGUACAGCAACAAGGAGCAUUGUCGUCACACCUGCCGGAACCUCCUCCAUCAGAACGCCACCCUCAUGGAGCGGAGUGAAGUGAUCUUCUCUCGCUUGGAGGCAGCAGGAUGUGGAUCUCCCUUGCCCCAAUUCCCCUUCUGGCAGUGUUUUCUCACGGUGACGGGAAAACUUUAUGUUCCCGGAGGAUCGGGCAGAGCUGCCGGAACCCUCGCCCAAGGACGUACAUCUGGCAAGGGAGGAUCUCUGGGCGAACCCAACCAUCUGGGAAUGGAUGCAGCCAAAAGACAAUGCUGCGAACAGGCCUCCAGCCACAAGUGCCGACGACUGUGCAACCAGAUCUUCACCAGCAACUGGUGGGACGCGAGAUCCAGUUUCGAAAGCGAGUGUAUGGAUCAGCCGGCGGAAAGGGAACUGCGACGGUGUAUAGAAAGUGUGGAUGCUCCCUGUGAACUGGGCUGCCAGGGUCUCAGUUUUUGUUCCAACUUCAACAAUCGACCCACGGAACUCUUUCGCAGCUGUACGCCUGAGCAUGAUGCAGCCGCUCGCGAGGAUUUGCAGGUCCUGCAGCAGCGGGGAACCGUAAGAGUACUGGGCCAGGACCUGUUCAUCAAGAACACCAGUCGGUGUGCGCCGGAAAAGUGGCAGGCCCUGGUCUGUGCCCUCCAGCUGAAGCCCUGCACUCGAGAGGGUCUCUUCAAUGGCAUUUGCAGUGAGGAUUGCCAUGAGCUCUUGGACAAGUGUCUGGACUGGACACUGCAGAGUCAGCGACCGAAGGACAUAUGCUCUAGGCUGAAGGAAAAGGAUGAGGAUGAUCCACUGCCCUGUAUUUCGUUGGAAAGCUAUCUGAAGCCAGGAGAUGCCACUCCGGAGGAGUCCCAGGGCAUCACCUCACCCUGCGCCAAAAAACCCUGCAACGGCAGCGAAGUUUGCAUUUUGCAGCGCGGAGGAAAUCAAGGAUACUCCUGCAUACCGGGCUGCAAUUUGGGACAGGAUUCAAAACUGUUUGUCCCCUUCGGCUCGUAUGUGCGCCUCGGCAAGAGCACUCUGCACAAGAAGUCCGAGGUGGGUCAGCUUCCGCUGGCCGAGCACAUAGUCUGCUCGUGUGGACUGGAGGGUCGUCUGGAGCAGUGUCAGCCCCUGCCGAGCUACAUGCACUCCCACUGCAUCCUUCCCGGUGCCAGGAGCUACCGCCAUGGAUCCUCAUUUUACCUGGAGUGCAACCUCUGCACUUGCUUUGCCGGCGAGAUUACGUGCACCAAGCAGCAGUGUCGUCUGCCGGGAUUCGUGGAUUCGGGAUACACCAGUCUGCCUUGCAAUUGUCCAGCUCACUAUGUUCCCGUUUGUGGCUCCAAUGGGAAUACCUACCCCUCGGCCUGUGUGGCCAAGUGUCACUUGCCCGAGGGGGACUACGUCUAUGGAGCCUGCAAUGCCCGAAAUGCCUGCCAGGCAGCUCCUCCGAAUAGUUGUCCUCUCGGAACUCAGUGCCUGGAUAAUAGGAAAGUGUGCCUGGCCAGCAUGCAGCGGCCAUGCCUGCAAUAUGUGUGUGUAAAUGCUACCGCUUCGAACUGCUCAUCCUUCCACCAGGGUGAGGUAUGCGAUACCCAAGGGCGCACUUAUCAAAAUGCAUGUGAGCUGCUGAGAGCCAAUCCCCAGGGCCAAGUCGCCUACUGGUCCGCAUGUCAAACGAGUCGCUAUGCCUCACCGUCCCCCGUCUGUGGAAUCAAUGGAGUGACCUACAAGAGUAGCUAUGCGGCCAGGUCAGAGUACGUGCUGGUGGACUAUGUGGGUCGGUGUCGGGAGGUCGGAUUGCUGGCCAGCGAUAUGGGACGGCGCUGUCGAACUGUUCAGUGUCCUGCUCCCGUGUCCAAGCACUGUCGCUUGAUAGUCCCCCCGGGAGCAUGUUGUCCACUGUGUGCUGGUGGCGCCUUCAGGAUCAUUUACUCCAGGAAGCAGUUCGACCGGGCCAUGUACGGAUUGAGGGCCCAGAGCAGCACGCUUUUGACCCUCCAAGGAGUACUCCAGCAACUAGACGGACUGGUGCAGGUCAGCGAGUGUCAGCUGACGGGAUUCCUCACCAUGGAAGUGGGCAUUUUUGUGGCACUGGUGCCCGCCAGCAGCAUCAAAAGACCCACGCGCCUUCAAUUGGAAGCCUGUGCCCGCGAGGCGGAGAAGAUAUCCUCUUUAAUCAACGCCCAAUCACCCAGGAUCACAACCAAUCUAGCUCUUUCCUGUUUGACGGUAUCACAUCUACUAGAACCCACGCCAAAUGGAGCAACAUCAUAUGGUUCCCACACCAUUUGGAUACUCCCCCUACUUCUGUUAGUUCUAAAAUUAAUCAUAGCUUAAGUUAGUCCUAGAAGGAGUGUGUAUGAUCUAACUCAAUCAAGUGAAUUCUUGGUGCCAAUUAAUCUGUUAAUCUAAGAGAUGGAAAGUGCCUUCAAAGGAUAGGAAUUGACCCUCUGUACCAUGUGAUAUUAGCUAAAUUAAUGUAAGUCCCAAACGAGAAAUGCCCUUUAAAAUUAAUUCUCUAAUUUUUCCAGGGACCUAUAAUUUUAUUUAAAGUCAACUAGUUUAAAUAUAUAUUUUAAAUUAAUUUUUAAACUUCAUAAUAAUUUCGAUUUAAACAUUUUUAAAGUGUUGUAUUUUUAACAAUCUCAUUUACUUGGAUUUGAAGUUUUAAUAGACAAAUAGUACAAAGAUAUUUAUUGGACCAAAAAAAUGCUUCAUUACCAUAAGGACACACACUUAAUUCGUAAAAAUAACCUAUAACAUUGUAUUUUAGUUAUUUCUUCGGUCCCUGGCUAGGGUUCGUUAAUGACCAAAGCAUCGUCCACCUAGGAGUUUCGCUAGUCUAAUAAAAUACCCCGAAUAAAACAUAAACUUGAGUUGAA